UGGAGAUGACGCAAACGACCCAGCUCCCCAAAAAAGUGUUUCAAGACGAACAUGGCGGCAACUUAAGACAGGACCAAGAUGACUGUGGAUAUCAAAAGAAGAGAUCCAAGGCAUUCUGCCCUGACACGGAAGAGAAGAUCACCUGGCUAAAACAAUUAGACAUUGCUUUUUGUACCAGAACUCCGGAAUCGACGGCUUGUUGCAGGUUUGCUAUAGCUGGUCUAGGGAAAGGGAGAAAGCUCAGUCCUGGUGAGAGAAAAAGAGAGAGAUGCAUGUUGUCACAGAGAACUAGGUUUUUUUUUUCCUCCGGAGAGCCAUGGAGAACGCGGAUAUGACAAUGCUUGGCUUAAUCUCUGUGGAUGCACUAAUUGAAUGGGAAUAGGAGAUCAUCGCCGGGAGAAGCUAGGAUCACUUCAAAUCCAACGUUUACGAGGAAAAUAACACAAGACAAUCCCUAAGUCAAUGAAUAUUGUGGCAAAGGAGCCCUCGCGGUGGAGUCGGCCAGUGCUGCGCUUUCCCAAAAUAUGACCACGGGUGCUUGGAUGUGUCGGCAGCAAGAUGACGGCUUAAACAUUUGGUUUGCACCCCGAGAGAACGAAAAGCCAUUUACAGAUCCAGAAAGGGCCCAGAAAUGGCGACUGUCCUUAGCAUCCCUCUUGUUUUUAACCGUUCUUCUAUCUGAUCACUUGUGGUUCUGUGCCGAAGCUAAAUUGACACGGACUCGAGAAAAACGGCAGGACAAGUUAGCAUUCACGGACAUGGGCGAUUACCUAACCGCAAACCAUAUACUUUCAUCCAACACCCAUUCAUCACAGAGCAGCCUCAGAAAAAAGGGAAAUGCUAUUUUUAUAGGGAAUUCUACCAAACGUCUGUGGCGACUAGAAACUUGUCAUCCCGAUAGUUUAUCUAAAAACUGCUACACUUUUGACGACACUGAACCUGUUUGUAGGGGCCUUUUCGAGACGCAGGGGACACAGUCGAUAGAUUUGAAUUUGAGCGAUUUUUAUCUUUCCUUUUGUAAUUCCUAUUCUCUUUUGGAUUUGUUUUACGGGUUGUCGAGCCCGGACAAUUUGAACUGCAGCCUUGACAUGAUCAUGACUGGCAAUCUAAUAGGUUGCAGCCAAUGCGUCCAAGCGUACCUACGCUAUGACCAGCAUGCUCAGGAGAGAUACGAAGAGUUUGAGGUUAUGAUUCAGAAAUAUGAAACGGAUGUAUAUUCGGUGAGGACAUGCAUGGAAGAGUGCAAGGCUGUCUACAAGCCCUGGCUGUGCUCCCAGUACUUCCAGGUUACGCAGAUGCAUUGCAGCAACAAGAUCCCGUGCAAGCAAUAUUGCCUGGAAGUGCAGCAGAGGUGUCCCUUCAUAUUGCCAGACAACGAUGACCUCAUUCAAGGAGGAAGUCCAAGUUUUGUAUGUACAGGGCUUUUAGAAGACCAGUCAACCGAAGCAGAGACAGACUGCUGCGAUGUCCGAUGGGACAACCAAUCCAAAGGGACAAUAAAGAGGACUCACCCCUCGUGUCACCACCGGACGUCUGUCAUGACCUCAGCAGCAGCCAGACUGUGCAACAGCAGGCUUAAGUUGUGCAUGCUGGUUCUGGUCCUCAUACUGACUGCAGCACAGAACUCCACGGGACUCACCCUCCUCUCCCUCUCCCCUGUAGAGGAGAACUCCACCAAUGAAGAGUGAGGGGGAGUGCCCCCUUGGGAACAAACAGAUGUAUUCGUCAACAGAGGCACUCCCAGAGGCUCCAGCCACUGUGGCUGUGCUGGAAACACUGCAACCGUGGUUAACAUCUGCAAAGCCUUCUGGGUAAUGGAGUGCUGAAUGGGGCGCAGAGCCGUAAAAACAAAGGACAUGCAGAGAAAAAAAAAGUGACAAGUACAAGACAACACCGCAGCCUUUGUGGAGUGAAAUAAAGGCUACUUCAGAGCUGAGUUCUCUCACACAUUUUAUACAUUGUGUUAAACUGUUUGAAUUGUGUUUUGCACUAGAUAACUACAGGAUUUUAUGUGCUCAGUUGUUGCAUUUUGUUUGUCUUUGCGUGGGAUGGGAAUGACAAUGAGA